AUGCCUUCGUCUGUAGCUUUGUCGUCAAACAGGAGCAACAAAGCAGAGCGUCCAGAAUUGGCCUCUGGGUACCUGGGUUCGAAACCUAAGUUUGUCGAGUUGAAGUUAACGACGCUGAGCCAUCCGAGUCCAGAGUUCUCCAUCGAGGUCAACAGCGUGGAACUGAAUCUGAAACCGACCAAGCCUGUCAAGAAAAAAGACGGCGCGCUCAGUUUCCUCAUCAGCUUCUCCGACAGGGCUCACUACAAGCUUGAGAUCUUCGCUCUGAGCGCUGCAGAUGAAGAGAAAGCUCAGCCAAACGUUUUCAAUUACUAA